AUGGGCUCUAAUAAUAAAGUCUCGUCAUCCGACCUCCCCGCGACUAAAGACCCCGGUACCACUAGCAAAGACACAACAUCCUUCGGUCAAGAUAACACCUCGAAGAAGUCUGCAUCCGCCUCCAAUGGCAAGUCGAAAAAGGGGACCUCAUACAUGCUAGAGUCGUGGGAGAAGGCAACCCCCUCGUCGGAGCCGUGGUCAUCAACCAAAGCCACCUACUCGCCAAAGCGCUAG